UCUUCUUGUUUAAUUCUCAACACUUCGGUGUUUGACAGUAAGAUUCCUCAAUCGUUUGCUUGUUCUGAUUGGAAGCCCUCUUUGUUCUUCAAGGAAAUGACAAGACAGAAGAUAGAAAUAAAGAAGAUCGAUAACAUAACUGCGAGGCAAGUGACAUUUUCAAAGAGAAGGAGAGGGUUAUUCAAGAAGGCUCGAGAACUCUCAACUCUCUGUGAUGCUGAGAUUGCUCUCAUAGUCUUUUCUUCCACUGGGAAGCUCUUCGAAUAUGCUAGCUCAAGUGUGCCGCAGGUUAUCGAAAGAUAUGAUCAGUACUCACAAAUUGGGAGAUUAUAUCAUUCAUCUGUUUUGUAUGACAGGGACACUUUCAGCAAGCUCAGCAAGGAAGAAGCCAAUAAGGUUCAGGAACUGAAGCAGUUGAAGGGAGAAGAGCUUGAAGGAUUGAACAUAAAUGAAUUACAGAAGCUUGAAGAGCAAUUAGAUAAAGGUUUGAAACGUGUAGUCAGAGCAAAGGAUGACAUAAUGUUGAAAGAGAUCGAUGCGCUCAAAAGAAAGAGAAUCCAAUUGGUGGAAGAGAAUCAGCUAUUAAAACAGGUGAGGAAUCCUUCACAAGAACAAGGAGGCCAGUCAUCUGAGUCAGCCAACAUUGGCAGCAUAUUUGAUCCUCCGCAUGAUGAUGAUAGUUCAGACACUUCUCUCAGAUUGGGAUUGUCUUUAUUUAAAUGAGAACAG